AUGGUAUCCUCAUGCCCCACAUGGCUGGUAGUGGCCCUGAUUUCAGGGAGCAUGCUGCUGGCUGAUGGCUAUCUCAUGGGGCAGAGCCCAGGAGGCUGGUGGCUGGGCCUGGGGCUGCUGCUUUCUGCAGGCAACAUCUGCCUGCUCUUGGUACUUCGCCCUGUGGUGGCUGGUGCUGGUGCGGAAGCCCAUACCACCCGGCGGGGCUGCACCAUGUUACUCUGGUUUCUCUACAUCUUUGUGUUGGAGAUGAAGGUCUACUUCAUUUACCGGAGCUGCAGGGCUGAGGGUCACUGCCCUGGCCCGCCCGCCCGCCAGGCCUUCACCCUGGUGCUAGCACUCAGUGUGCCUGGACUCUUUGCCCUGCUGGGGUCUCCAAAGGCCCCUGAGAUUCUGUCAACCUUCCGAUGGCGUGAAGAACUCCGGAGCCACCUGCUAUGGGUGGUCGUGGACUUGCUGGAUGUUUUAGAUGUACAGGCAGGGCUGUGGGAGCCACCUCAGAGGGCACUGCCCUUUUGGGCAGAGGGCGUCACAUUCUUCUACUGCUAUGCACUGCUGCUGUUGCUACCAUGUGCAGCCCUGGGCGAGCUCAGCCUUCAAGGUCCCCAGCCCCUGCCACAUCGCAUGGUCCUCUACCCUCUCCUCAGCCUGCUCACAGUUAACCUGGCCACAAGCCUCAUCCGAGCCACUCAUCUGCUCCUCUUCCGUGACACCUACGUCUCCAGCAUCUUUCUAGGAAAGAAUCUGCUGGCCUUGGCCCUCAAGCUCUGCAUGUUUCUACAGUACCGAAAACAAUGGCUGUCUGGGCCACCAUCACCCCAGAUACCCCCUGACCCUGGCCUUACAGGCUCGACUCAGGCGGUGAGGCCAACAUGA